AUGUCCACCCCCACCGAUCUCCAGGCUCUCUUAGCCAGUAUCCGGCCUCGUCCUUCUCCUUCGAACACUCCUGGCCAGGAUAACCCUCAGGCGCAGCGCCAAUCGUAUUACCAGCCCGGUCUGUUCCCGCCGCACCCUCAGCAGCAGCAACCUUACGAUGGCCAGAGCUACCCUCAUCCCCAGUCACAUGGCUACGAACAUCCCUCGGUAUCCUCGACUAUCCAAAGUCCUGCCUCAAUGAAUGCUCCCCCUCACCAGGGCUCUGAUAUCUUGAGCCCUAACAUGCCUUCUCCUCGGGGCGAAUGGCCCCAGCAGCCGCAGCCGCAACCGCAGCACACCAACCCAGGCUCUGUGGACCUUUUGAAUCUUCUCAGAUUCAGCCAGCGUCCCGGUGCUUCCCCUCAGCCGCAAGCCCCCGCUGCAGCUCCCGAGCACUUGCAGUCUCCGCCGGCCCAGGGAGCUCCUGCGUCGCACGGACGAAAUAUUUCCGCGUCUGACUUGGUUGCUACUCUGUUCGGUCAACAGGCCCCUGCUGCCCCUGCGACCGCGCCCGCUGGUCAUCCCCCAGCAUUCCACUCUGGUCAGCCCGAGGGCCCCAAUGAGAACACACAGGAUAUGUUACUUCGCCUGCUCAACCGUUCUCAGCCAGGUCCUGCUGUCGCUGAAUCACCGGCGCUGGCUUCAACUCAACAGGCACCAUAUAUGCAGGCUGUCGUUGAUGAAAAUCAGAACCAGAUAGCCAAGAAUGUCUUCAUGGAAGUUGUGGAUGAGAGUCCUAAGGUGCCUGCGAACCCGGAAACGGUCGUAUCGCCCAACUCAAAGGAUUCAAUGUUCACCUAUGUCAAUCCGUUUGACCAAUUGGCCGCUAUCUCUCCUGUUAACAAGUCUCCCCAGCCUACCUCUGGCUUCCAAAGUCCAGCUGUCGAAGUUACUCAGAAGCAAAAGAUCAAUGUUUCUGCUAAGCUGGAGCCUUCCCAGAGACCCGAGCUUGCGGCCACCAGGGAGAGGACCCAGUCUCCAAUCUUGAAUGAAGGUCAGAAAGACGCUGUGCAUGAAGUCGUCGGUCGUCUCGUAGAUGAAAUUGGCCGCUCUCUCAGUGGCGACGAACCUCAGGCUGCAACCGAAGCCAAGGCUGCUGUUUCUAGUGUCCGGGAGGAAUCCUCUGAAGCAGUUCUUUCCUCGAUCGCUAGUCAUUUGCGCGAGACUGCUGCUGAAGCUAUAGAAGCGGCAAGCUUGGCUAACGUUGAUGAGCUCGUGAAGGAGGUCGAACCUUCAGCGAUUCCAGUUGCCCCGAAGGCGACUGACAACACUGAGGCUCUGGCUGACAGCUGGGAGAGUGCGGAAGACAGCGCCGAAAAGGAAGAAGAACGAGUUGUCUCUGUUCACAACUUCCCAAUGAGGCCCUUCAUCUCCAUUGCUGUGAAAGCUACGUCUGGAAAACUUACAACCUUCCGUGAUGAUGAUGUCAUGGAUAUUGCUCGUCUGAAGAAGGAGUUCGAUCAGCUUGACCGCUCGUUGACUGCGGCUACAUCCGAAUACAUCGUGUACGCGCUCGCCAAAACCGGUGGAAUCAGAAUCAUUCGACAGGAUGACGGUAGUGACCGACAGGUGUUCCGCUCCACCCGUGAUCGAGUGUUCAAUGUUGCCCUGUGCACAGCUCCUUCUGCGGCUGGUGACUCUGAAGUCCAGGCCAUCCUCGGCAUCGGAGUCAGCGGCUCUGUAUACUGGGCUUUGAUCUCGCGUUCUGGAAAGGAUUUCUUUGAUAUGGAUGCCUUGGAAAGCGAAAGCUUGAUCUUCCCACCUUUCCCGGCCUCAGACGAGAACACCUCCGGUGGCCAGCUGAAAACGCGGGCCAAGCGGAGCACUCGUCACACCAACUUGUUUGCCAUUGGCCGGGGCAAGAAUAUCUAUAUUGUUUCGCCAAAGGCAGCAAUGAACCCUGCCUACGGCGUUUCUGGUACUCAGCGUACAGUCAACACCGAGAAAUUCUUCAAAGAGCGUGCAUUGAAGAUCUCUACUGGUAAAGCCGGCAAAGACUUCGCUUUCAGUGAUGAUGAUUCCGUCAUCGCCUCCUUGGACAAGACUGGCCGAUUGCGCUUCUGGGAUAUAAAUGAUAUGCUGAACGAUGCGAGCUUUGUGGAAGGCCCUGCUCCUGCCGAGAUCCGGGUUCCCUUGACUACCUUUGUCACUGGCUCCCCAACUGAAAAGUCUUGGCCCACUUCAGUCCUCUUCCUCGAUAAGCUUCGCGCUUAUUCCCGAUCUAUGGCACUCCGUUAUGUUUUGGUUGGACUCAAGCAAAACCACACCUUGCAGCUUUGGGAUAUUGGGCUGGGCAAGGCCGUGCAGGAGUUGAAGUUCCCGCACGAGAACGAGUCUGAUGCUAUCUGCAGCGUGGCUUAUCACCCAUCAUCAGGUGUCAUUGUCGUUGGACAUCCCACGCGUAACUCUAUCUACUUUGCUCAUCUUUCAGCUCCUCGGUACAAUUUGCCCCAGAUGUCACAGGCAGCCUACAUCCGAGACCUCAACGAUAAGGACAACACCCUACCCAAGCCCGAGUCUACUGCUUGCUUGAGUGGAAUUCGGGAGAUCUCUCUCGGUUCCAAGGGUCAGCUGAGAAGCCUGGAGCUUCUCCCUAUCACCAAGUCCGCUACUGACAAGCGCGGCACUGAGGAAAAUCCCCUGUUCGAGCUUUAUGUUAUGCACUCGCGCGGUGUGACCUGCUUGAACAUCAAGAAGGAGGAUUUGGGCUGGACUGCGGAUAACAAGGUUAUUCGCCCUGUUGAUGCAAUGGAGCACGGCUUGAUUGAAAUCAGCGAUCUCCAAACUUUCCCCACAUACGCCACCGAUGAUCCAUCUGUCAACGGCGAUACAGCCUCCAUCCAGUCUCGCGUUGGUCCCAAGGAAUCGGCGAAAAAGCCAGAGAUUGGAGAGUUGGCCUCUGGAGUUGCUCCUUCGCGUAACGCUUCGCCUACCAAGUUAGCCAAGAAGAAGGAAGAGUCCAGUGAGCCAUCAGCGGCACCUGUGGUUGCUGAGAAGUCUGAAAAGAAAAAGAAGAAGAAGGCUGCUGCUGCUGCCGCCGCCGAAGCUGUGAAGGCAAAGGAGCCAACUGUCACUGCCGGUGUCGAGUCUCUGCCAGUCCCCUCCGCCGCUGCCAAGGAAUUCGAGACUCUUGCCUCUUCUACUGCGGCGAUGGGUGCGACUCAGGCUGCCGAGCACGCGGUGCCUGCUUUCGGUUUCUCGAGUGAAGCUUUUAAUAAACACAUCCAGACCCUGCAAGGCAGUGUUUCAAGCGAGUUCAACAAGAGUCUUGGCCAUGAGUUUGAGAACCUCCAUCGUCGCUUCGACGAUGAACGUCGCAGCUGGGAUGCUGCCUCGUCGGCCAAGCAAGACCAAGUGUUGCGCCUGGUCUCUAGCACACUCUCUGACAACGUCGAGAAGAACUUGGCGCGCAUUGUUUCAGCCAGUAUCCAGACUGAUGUCAUUCCUGUCAUCGCCGAUGCCACUUCUGCAGCAGUCAACAAGCAACUGAACGGCGCUGUCUCUCAACAGCUUGGAGGCGCGUUCAAUGAGGAGUUGCGACAGGUUCUUCCCAAGGCUGUUAUCAAUGCUAUGCAGCAGCCGCCUGUGGUGAAGGCUGUCUCCGAUUCGGUCGCACAGAAGCUUGCACCUCGCAUUGAGGCCGAAGUUACCCGGGUCAUGCAGUCUUCGAUUGCCCCCAUGAUUGAGAGCUUGGCACGUACCACGAAGAAGGUGGAGUCGGAUAUGGAACGCCACUUCCAGGCGCAGAUCAACCAAUACGAGGCCCAGCGCCAGAGUGAUACUGCAAAGAUCGAGGAGAUUUCAGCAGUCCUGCGUGGCCUGUCCAAGACGGUUUCUUUGCUGGCCGCGCACCAGGGCCACCAAAUUCAGCAGAGCCAAAGCCCGCAGCACGGGAACUCCCACCGCGAGGUCUUGAACGUCAACAAGCGCUCCUCGGGUAGACAGCCAAGUGAGAACCACGUGCGCAUGCCGCAGCCGUUGGCUCAGCCUGUGCUGCAGCCUCAGGUUAUCCCGGUCCAGGCCCUGGCCCCAGCCCCGGUUCCUGUCGCUUCCCCUGUCGCAAGAUCCCCCGAGGAAAUCGAAAUGGGGGAUGUUGUGCAGCUUAUCAAUACUGGUCACUUCGAGCAGGGCACUAUCAAGUGGCUCCAAUCUAACCAGCAAGCUGACCUGUUUGACAACUUCUUCGUCCACAUAUCCCCCACCUACUUGUCCCGACUUUCUGCAAUCGUCAUGCUCUCCGUGGCCGUUGCUGUUACCACUACCAUGCAGACCAACAUUGGCCAGCGCCUCCACUGGCUCGAGGUGGUCCUCCAAAAUGUGAACCCCAGGGACACCGACCUCCGCGAAGUCGCACCUCGCAUUCUGGACAUCAUGAGCCAGCGCCUCAAUACCCUGUACAUGUCAGUCGUUGAGCGCAAUCCGCACGACCCAAUCCUGCGACUUAUUUCACCCCUCGCUCGCCGUGCCCGCGAACUGCACGCUAGCUUGUCUUGA